AUGUCCAGUGUGCUUGAAGCGCGCAGGGAGGACAGCGACCAUGUGCUCGAAGAUGCCGCCCCGCCCUCGACUGGCAAGACCAAGAAGUCUGUCCGCAUUCUCUCGCCCACUACUACGAUUCCACCGCCCAUCUUUGACGACUCAGAUGCGACCUUGAACGAGCUCAUGGCCCGGCGAUCGAGCCAAGGUCAUCCUGCAAGCCCGCCGCCUCCCGUAACACCCGCCGGCUUUGUCAACAACUCUGUCACAGCGGGUGAAGCCAAUGCCCAAGUUGUCGGGAAAGACGCCAUGGCAAUAUCGGACGCGUCCCCAAGCCCGAGACCAACCUUCGGCGAGCCUCAUGCGACGCAAUCGCUGGGUCACGUACCGGCGAAUCCAUUCUCGAGAACACUGGCCUCGUUAGAAACCCAAGACAAGGAGAGCGAGGAGGAGCGGACGAACACGGGAAGACCGAUGCUAGGCAACAGCAGAGCUUCCUUGGAUGUAGAGAGCUUCAAGAAUCUACUCCUGACCGGAAAAGCUACUCCGCGACCAUCCGGUCCGCCUCAGCAGUCUACGAGCGCAUCACAACCCGUCGCAGGCGCGCAGUUUGAGACCAGUAGUAGCACCGACACCUCCUCAGUCUCACGGCAAUCGCUAUUCGAGCCCAUACAAGAAUCCCACGCUGAUUCACCACGUACAUCGGUCGAUAUGGCCGACUCGGACGAGGACGAGAGCAUGGGGCUAGUCUCCGAGGUGAAGAAGGGCAAGAAGAAGCCCCCACCUGCCCCCAAGCAUCGACACGGAAAGCUCGUUACGCAGAGACAGCCACAGACAGUGUCCUUCGAGAGCUUUGCAGCGACAGAGCCAACACCACCGCCGGCUAUUAGACGAACCGACAGUUCGGACACAAACAAACCGCUCCCUCCAACUCCCGUUGCUGCGCCGCAGUCAUCCCAUAUCAGCACGCAAGAUACCACCCCGCUACAAUCCCAACCAACCCCACCAGCACAAGACCUGCCUUCACCGCCUUCGGAAGGCACAAAUAGACAAAAGAAGGCACCUCCGCCCGUGCCAUUGGCCCCCAGCGAAAGCUCAUUGAGAAGGGAAUACGCACCUGCAGACGAGAAAGGUGGGAACGAAUAUGCUUUAUACUCGCCAAUGGAAGAGAGCGAGAAGAAGCUGGGUCUCGAUGAAAAUCUGACUGGUGGGAAGGAGGGCGAGGGAAGGAGCGACUCAAGUAACAUCCUCGACGAUAUGGAAAAGUUCCAACGCGAGAUCGACGAGUUGAGGACGAAGUAUAAACAAACGGGAUAG